AUGACGUCGUUUCGGUGCUUUUUAGUUCUCUCCCUCGUUUCCUUCCUCCUCUUGUCUACUGUCCUUCCUUCCAUCUCUACAAACGACGAACAAGACGAUGAGGACCUCCGUUUCCUCGAAGAAACGGAAGGCAAAAGCGUCGACAUUGCUUCACUCCCUCAUUUGAGUGACUCAGACGAUGACCAAUUCCCCGAAGACGACGAAGAAGAUGAAGACUCCGGAAGCGAACAAGAGACCGAUGACCCCCUUUCGGAUCCGUACAAAGCGCCCCAAAUCGACGAGAAGGAUGUGGUCGUUUUAACGCAAGGAAACUUCAGCGAUUUCAUCAAGAAUAAUAAGUUCGGGAUGGUUGAGUUCUACGCGCCUUGGUGCGGGCAUUGCCAGUCGUUGGCUCCGGAAUAUGCCGCGGCGGCCACGGAGAUGAAAGGAGAAGGAGUUGUGCUGGCCAAGGUGGAUGCCACGCAGGAGGAUGAGCUAGCAGAAGAGUAUGACGUGGAAGGUUUACCUACUAUAUAUUUCCUUGUCGAUGGAAAGCACACGCUUUAUCCUGCUGCUCGAAACAAGGAUGCGAUAGUGACCUGGAUUAAGAAGCAGAUAGGACCUGGUAUAUACAACGUUACCACACUGGACGAUGCUGAACGCAUUUUAACAUCUGAAUCUGAAGUUGCCUUGGGCUACUUGAACUCUUUGGUGGGUCCCGAGAGUGACGAGCUUACUGCCACUUCAAAACUCUUAGACGAUAUCAACUUCUAUCAAACUAUGAAUCCUGAUGUGGCAAAGCUUUUCCACAUUGAUCCUGAAGUUAAACGCCCCGCUUUGGUCUUACUUAAAAAGGAUGCUGAAAAAAUAUGCCACUUUGAUGGUCUUUUUGUCAAGACUGCAAUAUCUGAGUUCGUAACUUCCAACAAGCUUCCUUUGGUUACGAUAUUUAGCAGGGAGAGUGCUCCUUCAAUUUUUGAAAGCUCAAUUAAGAUGCACCUGUUGUUGUUUGCCACAUUAAACAUUUCUGAGAAGUAUAUCCCAGUACUCCAAGAAGCAGCAGCAAAACUUUUCAAGGGAAAGCUUAUCUCUAUUUAUGUGCAAGUGGAUAAUGAAGAAAGUGGAAAACCUGUUGCAAAUUUUUUCGGUGUCAGUGGAAAUGGUCCCACAAUCCGUGCAUACUCUGGAGAUGAUGCAAAGAAAUUUGCCAUGAAUGGAGAUGUGACAUUCAAUAACAUUAAGGCUUUUGCAGAGGACUUUUUAGCAGGCAGGCUUAAACCUUUCUAUAAGUCGGACCCAAUUCCUGAAACUAAUAACGAGGAUGUGAAAGAAGUGGUUGGCGAUAACUUCGAUGAAAUUGUUUUAGACGAGUCCAAGGAUGUCCUGCUUGAGAUCUAUGCACCUUGGUGUGGCCAUUGCCGAUCAUUGGAACCGACAUACAACAAGCUUGCCCAACAUCUUCGAGGGAUUAACUCUCUGGUUAUUGCCAAAAUGGACGGGACAACAAAUGAACAUCCUAAGGCAAAGUCUGCAGGGUUUCCCACGAUGCUGUUCUUCCCGGCGGGAAAAAAGAGUUCUGAUCCUAUGAAAGUGAACACAGGACGCACUGUCGUGGAUUUUUAUAAGUUCCUGAAGGAACAUGCUACAAUCCCAUUUAAGCUCAAAAAAGCAGUUUUAGUUCCAAAAGACAAACCAAACAAGACUUCAGAUUCCAAGGUGAGGGAGAAGAGCAGCAGUGUGAGUUCGAAGGAGGAGUUGUGACCUGAUAAUUCACAUGGAUUCAAGGCGAGCAUUUGAAUGACAUCCUACGUCAUUUGCCAUUUUAUAUGUUAUCUAUCAAUAGGUAGGUAGAAAGGGAACAGCUAUGAAGAUAGAUUCAAUCCAGAGUGAGUCGAAACGAGGAAUCCGAAAAUUAUCAUGCUUCGAAUAUGCGAUCCACAUCUUUUUGAAUCCAGAACAAAGAGGGAAUCCGAAACGGGUGUGUUGGCUUUUAGCCAUGGUUUCCACCUAUGUAUCUCUCUUAAACAGAUCAUGCCGAAUUUGGAAUUAUCUGAGACUUUGGCUUCUUUUGAUCUAUAUAACCUGUAAUUUCUUUUUUCAAAAUUGUUUUAGCUUGCAAGUACUGACAAAGGAACAUGGAUGGCUGAGCAUGUCAAAUCAUUUAGCACCAGAACAGUAUGUAUAAAUACCUUUUUGGUGUAACGUCAUUGAAAUAUAGUGUUUGGAUGGCACGGUUCCAGUGUGUUUGACACCACAGCUAAAACCAAAAAUCCGACUGGAGGAUGGAGCUGUGGGUUCAAACUUCAACGCAGCUCCUAUUUUACAUUUUUAUCCUCGUUUGUUUUUAACCCAUCACUUCUUUUUUUGGAAACUCAUCAGUCAUUACUUUUGAAAGACUAUUUCAAUGCAUUCUUAUAUUAAUUUAUUUAAUUACUUUUAUAUUAUUUAUAAUAAAUUUUAAUUAUUUCUUUUGUA